AUGGGGAUGCACUCGAUUCUGGCAGCAGUCGGACUCGUUGCUCUGCUGGGAGCUGCCUCAGCCGUGGUUUUCCCGACCGCCCAGCAGACGGAAAUUAUGAAUGUGCACAACAAUUUCCGCUCCAACCUCUCCAAGGGCACCUACAAGGCCAAGGACGGUACCGUAUUUGCCAAGGCCACGAACAUGAGGCAAAUGGUAUGGAACUCGACUUUGGCCACAAAAGCUUCAGCCUAUGCAAAUACAUACCCAGGGCUCAAGCACUCCGGGGCGGCGGGAGUUGGCGAAAAUCUGUACAUCGUUUGGGGAGGACGGUUGAAUGGACUUGGUGCCGCUGGCAGCAACGCGUGGGCCAACGAGUUCUACACGUACGGCCCGGUCGGCUACACCUUUUCAUCGAAUACAGGCCAUGCCACGCAGAUGGCCUGGGCGACGACCACUGCCGUCGGUUGUGGAUACCAAUAUUGCACCCGCGACAAGUCAUACUUUGUGGUCUGCAACUAUUGGCCACCAGGGAACUACAUCGGUCAAAAGGCCUACGAGCAGGGGACGACCUGCUCGAAGUGCCCCACAGGAACCAAGUGCACUCUGGCUACUGGCCUUUGUGCC